AGUUGUUUCUGCUUUCUAGCCAACCAGUAGUUUUGAAAAGCUUGAGCUGUAAAGAAGUGACAGACUGUGUGUUUCAUUCAACUUACGUUCAUCAGCAUGCAGUUGCUGUUUUUAAGCCUCGUUUUAGCGACAUUCUCGCUGGCGCAGGUGCACUGCGAUGUGUCUCAUGUGCUUAGAGAAAUUGUGGUUGAAGAGGAUAUCACUACACUUCCGCCUCCUCCUAGACCCUACGCUUUCAGUUAUGUAGCAGGUCGUUCUCCGGGACACGUAGAUCGUACACACAGCGAGUCAUCGGAUGGCAGCGGCACUGUUCAAGGCUCAUUUUCCUACGUAGAUCCCAGGAAUCAAGUGCGAACCGUCGAGUACGUUGCAGAUGCCCAUGGAUUUUAUCCGCGAUUAAGUCAUCCUCCAAAAUAUCCUAAGCAGACUGCGGCUGUUGAAAAAGCAGCUCAAAAACAUUUAGCGUUAUAUGCCAAAAUCGCAGAAGAACGAGCCAAUCCACAUUAUCAUCAGGAACCAACACUACCACAGGAUACGGUAGCUGUAUCUAAGGCAAAGGAUAGACAUUUUUCUCUUUAUGAGAAAAUCGCUCAAGAACACGCCAGAAUAGCAGCAGAACGUGAAGCAGAACGACUUGCAUUUGAGGCGACAUCAGAAAUCAACGAACUGCAUUAAAGGGGACAAGAAAUUCAAAACCAGUACUGAACUUAUACUCGAAUAUUUUCAAGGACGAUACUCGUAUCGUAAGAAUAUAUUUGUAUGUGUAAAUGUUGAUGUACAUACGAUUACGAUAAAAUUGACAAAAUUAAAUUACUUCUUACCUAAUCAAGGGCGCGUAAAAUAAAGUUAAACAUGGCCCGAUUA